GCUUCCUGUUUGAGGCGGGGCUUCAGUCCUUAAACGUGCUUUUGAAACACCACGUGUUAUGACUGACCCUGACUGUGUUUAACUACGUGGGGAAUAAGCGACGUCUGUUACAUUUUAUGGUGAAUUGGAGGGAAGAGAACAUACACAGUUUGGAUUAAGAGCCAAGCCUAUUGUAAAGGGAGAAAGAAUUUAGAAGUGGUGGACAGUAAUGCCAAAGAAAGUAGGAAAAAGACCCACAGAAAAUGUUGGAAAUGUUACUCCAUUUAAACAAAGCAAGACUGAAACUCCGUCACCCCUGAACUUUGAAAGUCCCACUAGCCUCUUUGAAAGUUUAAUCUCACCCAUAGGAGUGAAGACAUUUUUCCAGGAUUAUUGGGAACAGAAACCAUUACUUUUACAGAGGUCUGAUGCAUAUGUGGCAGCAUAUUAUCAGACAUUGUUCCAGCUAGCUGAUAUGAAAGACCUGUGCAGUAAAGGCAUUUUCUAUGGUUGGGACAUCAACUUUUGUAGGUCUGUUGAUGGCAAAAAGAAAGUUUUAAAUAAAGAAGGAAGAGUGAACUACACCCAGCUGAAAAAGGACUUUGAUAAGAACAAAGCUACCAUUCAGUUUCAUCAGCCUCAGAGAUUUAAUGAUGAGUUAUGGAAAAUACAGGAAAAACUAGAAUGCUUUUUUGGUUCUUUAGUGGGUUCAAAUGUUUACAUCACACCUCCAGCAUCCCAAGGACUGCCUCCACAUUAUGAUGAUGUUGAGGUGUUUAUUCUGCAGCUGGAAGGAGAAAAACACUGGAGACUCUAUAAUCCUACAGUGCCUCUUGCUCAUGAAUACAGCCUAGAAUCUGAGAACCAAAUUGGGAAACCAACCCAUGAAUUCACACUGAAGCCAGGUGACCUCCUGUAUUUCCCUAGAGGCACAAUCCAUCAGGCCGAUACACCUGCUGGAAUUCACCAUUCAACUCAUUUAACUAUCAGCACCUACCAAAAGAACUCAUGGGCAGAUUUCUUAUUGGAUGUGAUGCCAGGUCUAGUGUUUGACUGCAUGAAGGGAGAUGUGGCCGUACGUGCUGGUAUUCCUAGAAGAAUGAUGCUGGAGGCAAAUCCAUCAAAGAAUGCUACAAAUCAACUUUCCAGCUUUCUGCGAAGUCUUGCAGAGCAGUUAGAAAAUGGGCAAGAGCUUAAAUCCAUAGCCAUGAAGAAAGAUUUCAUAACUAGCAGACUUCCUCCAUAUCAGGAGAAUGCCUGUGAACUAAUGCCAGCUGGAAAUUUGCCUAAACUAAGUGACAGAGUCACAGUGCCUGUUAAAGAUCAUGUCAUGAUGCUGGUGGAACCAACAGAAGAAAUGGUAGAUAUGAAGCCUGAGAUGGCGGUAUUCCUGUUUCACUCACUUAAGAAUAAAAGAGACAUUCACAUGAUGGGACGUGAAGAAGAGGAGGAAGAUUCUGGACAGUGUAAAGGUCUUCGCUUUCCUUUGUCGCACCAAGAUGCCUUGAAACAGCUGCUAACCAGCGAGUCAAUUCUUGUUCAGGACCUCAAGCUGGACAAGGAUGCUGAUAAACAAAACCUCGCUUUGUCUUUAUGGACAGAAUGCUUAAUUCAAGUAAUAUAGAGGGAUGGCAGUAACACAGUCUUACUUGUCCGAGUUGCAACUUGUGUCUAAUGGCAAAUCUACGUAUGAGGUGCGGAGUGUUUCUCAUUCUCACACAAGCUUAUCCAGUCACACGCUGCUCCUUUUGUAAAGCAAAUAAAUCAUGUCAGUAAAGAACGUGAAGGUGAAUAAAGUAUUGCUUGAAGAUGUC